AGCCUCCUAGGAACGUCCUAGGAGUCUGCUAGGUGCGCAAUGCGCAGUGCGCAUCUCGGCAGACAAGUGAACAUCGUGUGUCAACAACCAAGAUGGCGGCCAACAGGAAGAUCGAGGAAGCUCUCUCUCAUAUCAGAGAGGCAGAAAAGAGUCUCAAGACCAGUUUGUUGAAGUGGAAACCGGACUAUGACCUUGCUGCUGAUGAGUACAGUGCUGCAGCAACCUGCUACAAGACUGCCAAACAAUACACACAGUGCCGGGAGUGUUUGUUGAAGGCCACCGAGAACUACAAGUUCAACCGAUCAUUCUUUUCAGCAGGAAAGUGUCUAGAACAAGCAGCACUAAUAAGCAAGGAGCUGGGAGACAUGGAGUCCAUCUUCAAGUUGGCUGAACGUUCAGCAUGUAUGUAUCAGGAACAUGGCAUCCCGGAUACUGCUGCUCUCACGCUAGACAAGACUGCCAAGAUCAUUGAGAAUCAUCUGCCUGAGAAAGCUCUACACAUGUAUGAGCAUGCUGUGGAUAUUGUUAUGACAGAAGACAGACCACGACAAGCAGCAGAGUACCAGAGCAGAGUCUCCCGUCUUAAUGUUAAGCUGCAGAAAUACGACGCUGCCACUGACGCCAUCAGGAGAGAGAUUUGCUUCCAUCAGGCUGGUGAAAAUAACCCUGCCAUAGGAAGGUUAACAGUGGCACUGGUGUUGGUACAGCUGGCCCGGGGUGACCCAGUAGCUGCCGAAAAGGCCUUCAGAGAGUGGGGCACCUACUGUGAACAUGAGGAGGUACAGACGUUGGAGAUGUUAAUUCAAGCCUUUGAUGAGGAGGAUGGAGACAUGGCCCUCAAGGCUCUCAACUCUUCCUUUAUUAAACACAUGGAUGUAGAGUAUGCUAAGCUGGCCAGGAGUCUACCUGUACCCAAGUGUAGCACGGAAACCAAUAAGCCAGGUGUGACGGACACAUACCCACCCUACACCUCCAGUGGUGUUGCUGACAUUGAUGCUGUGACCAGAGGCAUCAAUGAUGCUUCAAUAUCUCAGGGAGAUGAAGAUCUGGAUUUGUGUUGAGCUGAUACACCUGGAUGGAUGCUGUAACUACACCUGGAUGGUUGCUGUAACACCUGGAUGGCUGUUGUAACACCUGGAUGGCUGUUGUAACACCUGGAUAGUUGUUGUAACUACACUGGAUGGUUGCUGUAACUACACUUGGAUGGUUGUACCUACACCUGGAUGGUUGUAACUACACCUGGAUGGUUAUUGUAACAACACCUGGAUGGUUGCUGUAACACCUGGAUGGUUGCUGUAACACCUGGAUGGUUGUACCUACACCUGGAUGGUUGUAACUGCACUGGAUGGUUGCUGUAACAACACCUGGAUGGUUGUACCUACACCUUUAUGGUUGUAACAAUACCUGGAUGGUUGCUGUAACAACACUUGAAUGGUUGCUAUAACAACACCUGGAUGAUUGCUGUAACACCUGGAUGGUUGUAAUUACACCUGGAACUAAGUCUAGUCAUCUCUGGGACUAUUGCAAGUAGUAGGCAUAACCAGCUUUUGGAUCAAUCUUCCUGACAGCUUGUGGAUCACUCUUCCUAAGCUGUCAUCUUGUAGAUCUUUGUUCGUAAGCUUUAAGGAACAAGAAUCUGGAUGAGAGCACAGGUGGGGGAUGAAAGCUUGAGGCAAAUAAGCUUUUCUCUGUAGGACAAAGCCUAAAGCUUUUUUUUCCUUGCCAAUAAAUACAUUUGAGGAUUGUGGAUGAUGGUUACGUAAGUCGGGACAGUCAGGCCACGUCAGGUCAGGUCUAGUCACUGUACAGGUGUAGUGUUGUGAAUGGUGGACCUAGGGUAGGUCAGGUCAUUACAAGUCCAGUCUGGUGAACAGAGGACCCGGUACAAUUAAACCUGCACCUCGCAUGUCUACAGGUCAGUGCUAGACUGCAAUGUUACCUAAUUACAGGUCAGUAACUAUUCACAUAACACCUAGGCUAUAGGCUUAGAUAAACUUAAAGCUUAGCUCUAAGCUUAAUGACAUGCAUUGUUUCUAAGGCCUUUAUCAUCCUGUGACUAGCAGACAUGCUACUGUGGCCCUCUGCUGUGCCUGUCUGAUGUGGCCCUCUGCUGUGCCUGGCUGAUGUGGCUCUCUGAUGUGGCUCUCUGCUGUGCCUGUCUGAUGUGGCCCUCUGUUGCACCUGUCUGGUGUGGCCCUCUGCUGUGCCUGAUGUGGCCCUCUGUUGCACCUGUCUGGUGUGGCCCUCUGCUGUGCCUGAUGUGGUCCUCUGUUGUACCUGUCUGGUGUGGCCCUCUGUUGUACCUGUAUGGUGUGGUCCUCUGCUGUGCCUGUCUGAUGUGGCCCUCUGCUGUGCCUGUAUGGUGUGGCUCUGUACUGUGCCUGUCUGGUGUGGCUCUGUGCUGUGCCUGUCUGGUGUGGUCCUCUACUGUGAUUUACACACAGUUCAGAGUCCUCAAAUGUGCAAAAAAUCACUGUUCAGGGUCCUGAACUGUGUGAAAAUGUCUAGAGGCUCAUUUCAGGCAAACAUCCUCACCUUCACUAAACCUGUACAAUGACCUGACCUGCUGUAAUCUGAUCUUACAGGACUAUGUUAUCUCCAGUGACUCCAGGUGUCAGGUCUCCAGGUGUUGUACAUCCAGGUGUCAGUUAAAAAUUUUUCAGCUUUUUGCUAAUUAACUGAAUAUAAGAGAAUUUUUUUUUUUCCUUUUUCAACUGUGAUGUUUGUAAGCACUUAACUGUUGAACUAGUCAUGGAAUACAUCCCAGAGUUAGUAUGUAUAAUUUAGAGUCCAGAGUUCAGUAGAUAAUUUAAUACCUGAGUUAUGAUGUAUAAUUUAGAGCCCAGAAUUAUGAUGGUCCUCUCUCAUCAACCAGUCACAAAACACAAUAUUGGUAGGAUUGACUUGAGUGUUAUGAGUGUGAGUGAUGGAUCAUCAACCUCUGUACUGUUGUUUCCUCUUGGUUGAAGUUUGCAAAUGACUCAUUGAGAGGGUGCAACACCAGGAACAAUGCUUGUGAGGACCCUUGUGUACAGCAGUAAUAGAUGCUGUAUGAGGUGUACAGCACCUGUUGCUGCUGUACAUCCAGUGCUGACUGGAAAGUAGAGGAUGUUCACACAAAUUCUGGUGACAGUUGUAAUCAGUGGUGUGACGCAUUUUUGACAUCUGUACUUGAUGCACCGUAUGCUUGGCUUGUACAGAGUAUGUUACAGCAUACAGCACAAUGUUAUGUUUUAACCUUCGUUAUACGACACAUCUUGGUUAGUAUACCAACUGUUACUUAACAUUAUACCAGCUGGUAUACUCGCACACCUAAUAUUUUGCACCAAAAUCUAUUGAUUGCUGAAGACAGUAUUGGUUAGGGAUCAUGUGGUUACAUUUUACUAGUUUAGUAUUUAUUCUAGAUUUUAGUUUUUAUUAACAGUUCAGUCUGAUAAAAAGUAUUUUGAGAAUUGAUGAUGUUCAGGCAGCUGCUGUUAUAUCGAUGUACAGGGGUUAUCAUGGGAGUUGACAGCUGUUUACAUCUGUGGGGGUGUUGAUGGUAGUUAACAAUAAAAGUACAGCAGCUGUGUGGAGAGUACAAGUCAGCACAGCAGCUGUGUAGAGAGUACAGGUCAGCACAGCAGCUGUGUAGAGAGUAAUAUUCCCAUCUCUCACAGCAUACAGCAUUUUCAGGAAAUCUUUGAUCUCUUUGUUAUUUCAACAUUGAUGAGUACAACUGUGCAUUGAAAAUGCCAGAAUGCUCUUUUUACACGUGUGCACAUAUGCAAUGUGCACAUGCACAUGUGUGUGCACAUGCAUAUGUGCACACACACACACAUAUAUUCACAAAAGAUCAGGCACACACACAGUAAUGACAAAGGUGAGUGUCAUCAACUCUCCAGUAGUUCCCAGAGGUUUUCCAAAUGCAUUAUUGCUAAACUCUGACUAUUAUUGAUUGUUCUGCCCACCACAACCCUAAGGACGAAUAAUACUUAGUGCUUAUUAUAGAAAUAUGUCAUGUGUAUAUAUCACCAUAGAUAAGUGUAUAAUUAUGAUAACUGGAUGGAAUUCCAUGUAAAGUGGUGGAAAUUACAAAGGGUAAAAGGCAUGUAUGUGUUGAUCAAGAUGUUGAGGUAAUGUUUGUCUCUGAGAGACUGAGUUCUAAUGCUAAUUGGUUCUUGGCUGGAGAUUUGAUCUUGGCCAAGAAGCAUUUGGUAUUAAGGCUCAAGCAGCCACUCAGGAGAAAUAAUUGGUAUUAGUACUCAGUAAGCCACUCAGAGAAACAUUUGGUAUUAAGACCCAAGUAGCCACUCAAGAGAAGUAAUUGGUAUUAGUACUCAAGCAGCCACUCAGAGAGAAACGUCCCCCUAACAUCUUGAUCAGAGUUCAAGUUACUUUCACUCGCAGCUUGUUGGUAUCACCAUGCUAGUUGCACCAGUACUGGUGAUCAUUGUUACAAUCUUGUUACACUGUAUAUCAUUCCAAAGCAGCAACACCACUGUCAUUGUAGACAGUGGUGAUGGCUCACCCACCCACUCAGAUUAUCCCACUUAGAGUAGUGUGAAAUCGAUGACGCUUAAAUUAUCCAGUUCUAGGUGUUUCAUGUAGUGCUCCUCUAGAUUUAAACAGGACAAAAAUUAUAUUGUGUAAACUGUCAGAAUAUUCAAGAUUGUUUUUAUGCAUAUAUAUUAGCACCUUGAUAUUGUUCAGUGGCAUUUGUCUUUACCAGUGGUGUUCUUGAGGGCAAACCUUUGUCAGACACAUCAUAAUCCAGACUUUAGUCUCACUAUACUGAAUAACACUUCAGUCUUGUUUCUAUGUGUAGGUGAACGUUAUGUGCACUACCCUCUCCUGUGCACCUUUGUAUGCUGCUAUUUACAUAGCUGUUUUAAUAUGGAAGGCCAUUUAAAAGAGGUGUGUAUUACAGUGUAUAAAUGAACACUAUUUUAUCUUGCAUUAUCCAUAAUGUUAUGAGCAUAGAUAGAUUUCUCUGAUAUAAUGCAGAGGAUAUACACCUUGAAAUCUAACUCUUCUGGAUUAUCAUAUACAGGAUAUAUUGGGGGUUCUUAGCUUAUGAACGCUUGCAUUACGAAUAUUUCACUUUCAAAUGCCUGUGUUACAAAAAUAUCCACUUACCAAUAGGUCAUUUAUCGAUUUGUUCAAAUAGUGAUUCAGUCAUGAACGUGUGUGAAAUGGCCAUUUUCACCAUUUUGUGUAUGUGAAUAUUCCACAUUACGAAUGACUCGUUUGUACGUUGGAACACCAGGAAUGCAAGACAUUCGUAAGCCGAUGACUUCCUCUACCUCCUCUAGGCCAGGAAGAGUGUAAUAGCCUCCUGGUUGUAUGUGUGUCAUUAAUGUAUGAUUCGUAAUGACUGUAAUUGUGAUCAAACAUCGCUUUCCAUCUUGCCUUGUUAUUGAAGAUAGUCCAUAGUUCUUACAUACUAUUAUGUCAAGAAUGACGUUCUCGAGAAUAUUGGCCAGUAGUUUUCAUUCUAUGUAUCAUAAUAAGAAUGUGGACUUGUGUGUUUUAGAAUAGUCACGUGAUACAGGGAACUAAUGUGUCCUCACGAAAAUAUUAAUCUACGUUAAGACUUUAUGAAAUAAAUAUUGAUCUGCAAUA